AAGCGCUCCGCUUGUCCUCAUUAAUGCUGUCGCGUUUUCCUCUUUCAUUUAACGCGUAACGAUUAACAGCGUGACAGCAGACUGCUAAAGCUCUUAUCUCCAUCCGUACACCCCGUCGAAGAUGGCUGUUGUACGAAACAAGGACUGGAUUCUUGAGACAAUUGAUCAACUGCGAAAACGCAAAGCUCGGCCAGACAUUGAGAGAAUUUGUCACAUGUUGCAAAGAAAACAUGGUCUGACGAGGGAAGAAAUAGAAGCUGACCUUGAGAGCUUGGUAGAGGCAGAGGUGGUUAUAAAAGUCGAUUAUAAAGGCAGUACCAGCUAUCGAAACGCAGCCAAAUGGAGAAAAAGUCACUUAGGCGGACUGGUGUUAAAUUCAACAGAAGUUAGCAAGAGAAUCGUUAACGCGCUACGCGCCUUAACAAAAACCGAGUCGUUACCCGAUUCUGAAACACAAACGUGUAACAUCAAUAAUAGCAGCAGCAUAGGGGUCAGCCUGAGUGAGAUUGAAAAAUGGAUUGCAAACGAAGACCCAGAAUCAACUCUGGUGAAAGCGAAUCUCCAGGUUGCUUUGGACCGUGAGGUGGACGCGGGCCAAAUCGCAAGGCUCAACGACAACACCUACGUGCUAUCUGACAACAAGAAACCUAAAGCGCAUAACCCGACUAAAAUUGGAGGGCCAGGAAAGGGCGGGCUACAUCAUGGAAAACGCGGCCGUCCGGCCACCAAAAAGCCGAUUCUAAAGAAGAAACAUCUCCUGGAACCCCAAGGAGUGAAAUCUGAAGAACGCGCACUCUCUCAUGAGGAGCCAGUCCCGAAGCGUGCGAUGAAAGUAUGCGACUUCUGUCUCCUCACCGAAACGUUUAAUAGAAAAGGAGUACCAGAGAACCUGUUGGUUUGUAAAGACUGCAACGCGAAAGCCCAUCCAUCAUGUAUGGAAUACUCGGCAGAGCUGGCAAGGCGGGCAACACGCUCCCCGUGGCAGUGCAUUGACUGCAAGACCUGCAAUAUCUGCGAAGAUGCCGGAGAUCCUGACGCUAUGCUAUUCUGCGACGCUUGUGACAAAGGAUACCACAUGGACUGUCACAACCCCCUUGUCGCAGAGAAACCUACAGGGAAAUGGAUGUGUAGCCGCUGUUUACUGGAGGGGUCGCAGGUCAGUGUAUCUGCCAUGGAAGAAAGCGAAAUGGCUAGCGUGGACAGUCAUCGCGGUGCGUUCUUGAAAUGUUUUGAGAAUUUUUGCCUAUUUGCGUACCUAGAGAAAGCGAUUUAUAAGUACCCUUUUUUUAUUUCAACCAAGUCGCCGUUGAAACCAAAACAGGAGAUUCCUGACGCUUCAAGAUGGGGAGUGGACGAAGUGGUCACAUAUUUCAAGGAAUCGGGAUUUUUAGAACAAGCAGAAGCAUUUAGGGAGCAGGAGAUAGAUGGAAUAUCUCUGAUGUUGAUGAAGCGCUCCGAUGUUUUGAGCGGGCUCGCACUGAAACUUGGACCAGCGCUGAAGAUGUACAAUUACGUGAAACAGCUGCAGUGUAGAGGGCAACCGCCGCUUCAGUAAAAAUACAUUUUGCACUUUGUGGAAUGAUUCCGAUCUGUUAACAGACUCUACACAACGCUUCAGACCCAGUUGAAACAUGACGACAGACUUGAAGAAAACGAUUCCGUUGGUUCUAUUAUACUACAAAAAAUGCAGCGGCUACAUUGGUUCAAUGACAACCUAUUAACGUAUUUUCAAAGAGAGCACCUUAUCCUGGAUUCUUAUUUUCAAUUCAUAUUCAUCUUUCAUCUACCCUAAUUUUCGUUUAUAUAAUCAUAUGCUUUGAUCUGUUUUUGAAUAAUAAAUCAGAAAUUUGCCCGCAUUUCAUAUAUAUGGCAUGAGUUUAGAUUUUAACAAAAAUUAUCUUGUUAUGGCAUGCGUAUACUGAGAAGAGUAGGUCACAAUACACUCAGAAAGUGAGAGUGCUUAUCAUGGAUUCUUUCCCUAGGUGAGGUCAUUAGUAAGAAAAUGUCCAUCAUCCAUAAUUAUUGAUCCUUUGGCUUUUUUUAGUUGAUUUAUUCGAAAUUUUAUUAUUAGUAUAGUUCAUAUUUCGCUUUGCUUAUCGGUGUAUUGGUGAUAUUUAACUACUAAACAUCGUCCAGUUACUGCAAAGUUAUUAAAAUGUAUUGGUUUGUAUGUUUUUCAAAUGAAAAUGGAACCUGUUGUUUCAAUCGUGUAGGAAUCAACGCCGAUGCAUUGGAGGAGCUAGAAGACUCAUCUAGCACAACCAACCACAUAGCCAAUACAAAUCGUUAUCUUUUGGUCCCAUCAUAGCAUUGUGCAUGAUGGGACCAAGAUGUAACUUAUCUUUAUACGUUUAAUCUCAGAAGAACAUGCGAUUAUUAUAAUUUAGUAAUUUUAUUGGGCAUUAAAUAAGUUAAUAUUUGUGGGGUCUCUUAAAUAUUGUCUAUAUCCAAUGUGGAUCGAAAAAAGGCAUAAAUAGCAUUUUAUUGCAUAAAAUAAGAAAGAUAUUAGAUAAGCAAAUGGAAUUGUGCACAACAAUAGUACAUUUAUUCAAUUAUCUAUAAUUUCUAACCAUGGGAACACAAACUACUGUUUGUUAAUGUUAAUAAGGAAAGGUUGGUAUAUAAUCCUAAUCACACAAUCUGCUGAGAUAGUACGCAUCAACUUAACACUUCACAACUGAAGUAGAGCCAUGAUCGUUCUUUAUUCGAAAUUCUUUAUCUUAUAAAAUAUAUUCAUGCAUAAUCAGAAAUUUUAUUCGUUUAUUGUAUACGCACAUGGUAGUAAGCUCCAAAUGUAGUUAUAGGCUCAUCUUCGACAGGUGAAAACAUAAAUGCCUAGUGUCUACAAUAAAUUUUUCUCUUUUGUCUUAAUAUAAAAAAAUAUUAACAAAAGAAUGUUUCGUGCAAAGAAUGUGCUAUUUAAAAGCGAAGUUGUUGAUCGGCUUUUGGCUAUUUGCUAGAUCUUUUCAGUUUUGUGCCCUCGCGCCUAAUUUUACCUUAUCUACGACUAAUUUCUCAUGUGGCGCUAACUUGCAUGGAUUGUAAUUGGCCUAUAUUCCAGUAUUUGCUUCGUUAUCAAUAUACACAAUUAGUUUUGGGUAGCAACAGUGGCAAUCAAUUAAUAAAUGGGAAACCAUAUGGCAUCAUUCAUCGGGACUCAGUUCUGACAGUUUCAAUGAAAAUAUCAAAUUGACUUUUACGAGACAAUUGAUCUUAGUAAUGAGUUAAUAUCAUUGUGACUCUUCGGCAUCGAAACUCAAUCAGUUUUCUAUUGCUCAGUUCCGAUGCUUCUUAUGCGUACUUUGUAAUUACCUCAAUUUUUCGGCUUCGUUCAAUGGAAAAUACAACAAAGACAUUGUAAUUACGGAUACAGUUUAUUGUA